AUGAGACCCCAAAUAAUCCCUAUAGAGACGAUGUAUGAUAGCAAUAAUAUGCAUAUGCCUGAGGAUGUUUAUCAAGGUGAUGCUGCUGUGGACGACAUAUCACUUCUAUCACCUACUGCUAUGGAUAUCCCCAAUACAAAAGAUUCAUCACAGCGAGGGGAAUCAGUAACAUUAAAAACGCCAAAAGGCAAGAGGAAAUGUACUGAAUCUGAGGAAAUGGGGGACAAGAAGAAGGAAGUGUUGGACAAAAAAUUAGAAAUAUUAGAUAUUGUAAAACAAUGUGAGUCAGUAACAUUACAACACGCUUAUCCAAACAAGCGUCCUAUAAGUCAGGCUAAAAAAAAGGACUUACUUUCAUUGCUCAACAGUGGAAUAAUACUUAAUGAUUAUACAUCGUUUUAUGAAUCUUUACCCUGUUCUACGACAGCAUUACGAGAUGAUAAUACAGAUUCUGAAUAA